AUGGCCGGCAGCGGUGACGAGUCCAGCGCUGCUAGGUCUAAGCGGAAGCGCGAGGACAAUGACGGCGACGAUUUGCCUAAGUCACGGAAGCGCGAGAGCAAAAAGGCUACGAAGCACGCCAGGGAAGAAGACCAUGACAAGGUCGAAGACGAGUCGAAGGAGGUGAAGAAGAGCAAUAAGAAGGACGGGAAGAAGAAGAAGGAUAAGAGACGGCCGGGAAACGAUGACGAUGACACAACGGCAGAGAAAGAGGAGGUUUCUUCGUCCAAGAAGGAGCGGAAAAAGAUGAGCAGGAAGAUGAGCAAGAAACGCACACAGGCAUCCGACACAUCGGAGGACGACCAAGAAGGAGAGGCAUCUGACAGGGAUGUGCCAAUGGCGGAUGCUCCCUCUGACAUCGUUCAGGAAGAAGAAGUCGACAGCCAGCCGAUGGUGGAGGACGAGAAGGAAAAGAGGAAGGAAAAAAAGAAGGAGAAGAAGAAGAAGAAGAAGAAGAAGAAGAAGGAGUCGACGGACGAGGAAGAAGAAGAAGAGGAGACUGGAGAGGUGGAUAAGCGACACAAGUCGGUGCUGGAUCGAAAGACCAAGUCGCUCAGGCUAGCCGGCGAGGCUGCCCCGGCCAAGGCCGAUGAGGCCGAGGACGCCGAACCAGAAGAGCCCACGGAGGUCCACGACCUAGGCCCGCUGCCACAGCCCGAGCUGGUGUCUGAGGAGACGCCCAAGCCCACAUACGAGACGCUCCCGGCGUGGCUGGCGGCGCCCAUCCGCGUCUCGCAGGACACGCGCACGCCCUUCUCGGAGCUGGGACUCCUCCCCCGGGCGGCCAGGGCGCUCGAGGAAAAAGGCUUCCCGGACGCCUUCGCCGUGCAGACGGCCGCCAUCCCGCUCCUUCUGCCUACCAGCAAGCGACCGGCCGGAGACCUGCUCAUAUCGGCGGCGACUGGAUCGGGAAAGACGCUUGCGUACGCGCUCCCCAUCGUGCGCGACCUGAGCCACGGGCUCGUGACGCGGCUCCGGGCCCUGGUUGUUCUCCCCACGCGAGAGCUGGUCAAGCAGGCGCAGGACGUCUUCGACAUGUGCGCUCGGGCGUACGAGGGCGGCGACAGGAAGAGGGUGCGCGUGGGCAUCUCCAUCGGUAGCCAGACGCUCAGGUCGGAGCAGGAGACCCUCGUGGACCGGCAGGCGCGGUACGAUCCGGAGGCCUACGAAGACGUGCUGAGACGGAGGCGCGCGCGGGGGGGUCUCCUCGACGACAGCGUCCCCGGCGGGCUCGGCGGGCUCGGCGCCGACGGCUCCGAUCCCAGACUGGGCGAGUGGCCUGGCCAGGUCGUCGACUUCUCGUCCAGGGUCGACGUCCUCAUCUGCACGCCCGGCCGUCUGGUGGAGCACAUGGAGCAGACGCCCGGCUUCGACCUCGACUACGUGCGCUGGCUCGUCGUCGACGAGGCCGACAAGCUGCUCGCCCAGAGCUUCCAGGGAUGGCUGGAGAUGGCCAUGGACAGGUUCAGGGCAGGCGCCGAGGGCAGGACCGUGCGCGGCGCCACCGCUAGGCAGUUCUCCGACAUGGACCUCGAAGGCGUGCGCAAGGUCAUCCUCAGUGCCACGCUCACCCGCGACCUCAGCCUGCUCAACCAGCUCGCCCUGCGCAGACCUCGGCUCAUCGUCCUGGAGGCUUCGACCGGAAGUGAACAGGACCACCAGCAGCAACAGCAGCAGCAGCAGGCCGUGGCUGAGCACUCGCUGCCUGCUCUCCUGACAGAGCACGCUGUUCGUGUGCACAAUACCAACCUCAAGCCGCUGUAUCUUCUGCGUCUUCUCAAGGACGGCCACAUGGAGAGCCCCGAUGACAAGGCGGAACCUCCUACCGCCGCCGCCGCCGCCGCCGCCGCUGCUGCUACCAGCAGGGACACCACCAAGCCUACUACAGAUGACGAUUCCGAUACGUCUUCCGACUCGGGCUCGGACUCAGAUUCCAGCUCAGGCUCGGACACCAGCUCGGACUCAGGCUCAGACUCCUCCUCGGAAGCCUCCGAGACGCCCGAGGCCGCCGUCCCUUCCAAGCUCCCCAUCUGCCUCGUCUUCACCAAGUCCAACGAGUCGGCCCUCCGUCUUUCUCGCCUCCUCACCCUCCUGGACCCGUCGCUGUCGCCAUCCAUGGCGACGCUCACGUCCACGACGCCCACGCACAUACGCCGCAAGACGCUCCAGGCAUUCACGAAGCCGACAUCGUCGGUGCGGCUCAUUGUCGCCUCGGACCUUGUCGCCCGCGGUAUCGACCUGCCCAACCUGCCCCACGUCGUCAACUACGACCUCCCGGCCAGCGUGGCGGGUUACGUCCACCGCGUGGGACGUACGGCCCGCGCGAACAGGGCUGGUCAAGCCUGGACGCUCGUGGGCGACGACGAGAGCGGCUGGUUCUGGGGUAAGAUUGCAAAGGGGGCGGGUAUACGCCGUCCGCAAAAGGUGGGCAGGGUACGUAUCGACGAGAUGGCAGACGAGGACAUCGAUGUCUACGAGGCUGCGCUGGAGAAGCUGGGGAAGGAGGCGCUCGAGACGACGAGGGGUGGGAGACGAUGA